AUGCCCAUGCUCGUGCUGGAGAACCAUGUGUCUGUCACCAUUGUCCACUUCCUGUCUCUUGGCUUGCCUGCAAAAUACAUCUCUCAGUGCAUUGAUGAAAUCAAGCAGGAGCUGAAGCAGGACAACAUAGCUGUGAAGGCCAAUGCGGUCUGCAAGCUGACGUAUUUACAGAUGUUGGGGUAUGACAUCAGCUGGGCUGCCUUUAACAUCAUUGAAGUGAUGAGUGCCUCCAAGUUCACGUUCAAGCGCAUUGGCUACCUCGCUGCCUCCCAGUGCUUCCACGAGGGCACCGACGUCAUCAUGCUGACCACAAAUCAAAUCCGCAAGGACCUGAGCAGCCCUAGCCAGUACGACACGGGAGUGGCACUGACUGGUCUGUCCUGUUUUGUCACCCCAGAUCUUGCCAGAGACCUGGCAAAUGACAUCAUGACACUGAUGUCACACACCAAGCCGUACAUCAGGAAGAAGGCCGUGCUGAUCAUGUACAAAGUAUUCCUCAAGUACCCCGAGUCCCUGCGCCCUGCCUUUCCCCGCCUCAAGGAGAAGCUGGAGGACCCUGACCCUGGGGUCCAGUCAGCAGCUGUCAAUGUUAUCUGCGAGCUGGCCCGGCGUAACCCCAAGAACUACCUGUCCCUGGCUCCACUGUUCUUCAAGCUCAUGACAUCCUCUACCAACAACUGGGUCCUCAUCAAGAUCAUCAAACUGUUUGGUGCCCUGACCCCUCUGGAGCCAAGGCUGGGCAAGAAGCUGAUUGAGCCCCUCACCAACCUUAUCCACAGCACGUCUGCCAUGUCCCUUCUCUACGAGUGCGUGAACACCGUGAUUGCAGUGCUCAUCUCUCUGUCCUCCGGGAUGCCCAACCACAGUGCCAGCAUCCAGCUCUGUGUUCAGAAAUUAAGGAUAUUGAUAGAAGACUCCGAUCAGAACCUUAAGUACCUGGGGUUGCUGGCAAUGUCGAAGAUCCUGCGGACACACCCAAAGUCCGUGCAGUCCCACAAGGACCUCAUCCUGCAGUGCCUGGACGACAAGGACGAAUCCAUCCGGCUGCGAGCCCUCGACCUGCUCUACGGGAUGGUGUCUAAGAAGAACCUGAUGGAGAUCGUCAAGAGGCUGAUGACCCAUGUGGACAAGGCCGAGGGCACCACCUACCGCGAUGAGCUGCUCACCAAGAUCAUCGACAUCUGCAGCCAGUCCAAUUACCAAUACAUCACCAACUUUGAGUGGUACAUCAGCAUCCUGGUGGAGCUGACACGGCUGGAGGGCACCCGCCAUGGCCACCUCAUCGCUGCACAGAUGCUGGAUGUGGCCAUCCGUGUGAAGGCCAUCCGCAAGUUUGCCGUGUCACAGAUGUCCGCAUUGCUUGAUAGCGCUCACCUGGUGGCCAGCAGCACCCAACGGAAUGGGAUCUGCGAGGUGCUCUAUGCCGCCGCCUGGAUCUGUGGGGAGUUUUCGGAGCAUCUGCAAGAGCCCCACCAGACCCUGGAGGCCAUGCUGCGGCCCAAGGUGACCACACUGCCUGGCCACAUCCAGGCGGUGUACGUGCAGAACGUAGUGAAGCUGUAUGCGUCCAUCCUGCAGCAGCAGGAGCAGGCAGCAGAGGCCGAGGCUGCUCAGGAGGUGACGCAGAUCAUGGUAGAACGGCUGCCACAGUUUGUGCAGAGCGCUGACCUGGAGGUGCAGGAGCGGGCGUCCUGCAUCUUGCAACUGGUCAAGCAUGUACAGAAGCUGCAGGCCAAGGGCGUGCCCGUUGCAGAGGAAGUGAGCGCCCUCUUUGCCGGGGAGCUGAACCCAGUGGCCCCCAAGGCCCAGAAGAAAGUUCCAGUCCCUGAAGGCCUGGACCUGGAUGCCUGGAUCAAUGAGCCACCCUCAGACAGUGAGUCUGAGGACGAGAAGCCCAAGGCCAUCUUCCAUGAUGAGGAGCAGAGGCAGGCGCGACACCGGCAGCCUGAGGUGGAUGAGGAGGAGCUGGCCCGCCGAAGAGAGGCCCGGAAACAAGAGCAGGCCAACAACCCCUUCUACAUCAAGAGCUCUCCCUCCCCACAGAAGCGGUACCAGGAUGCGCCAGGUGUGGAGCACAUCCCUGUGGUGCAGAUUGACCUCUCCGUCCCCUUGAAAGUCCCAGGCGUGCCCAUGUCUGACCAGUACGUGAAGCUGGAGGAGGAGCGCAGGCAUCGGCAGCGAUUGGAAAAGGACAAGAAGAAGCGCAGGAAGAAGGAGAAGAAGGGCAAGCACCGGCGCCACAGCUCGCUGCCCACCGAGAGUGAUGAGGAUAUUGCCCCCGCCCAGCAGGUGGACAUUGUCACCGAGGAGAUGCCUGAGAAUGCUCUGCCCAGUGACGAGGACGACAAAGACCCCAAUGACCCAUACAGGGCUCUGGACAUUGACCUAGACAAACCCUUGGCGGACAGCGAGAAGCUACCCAUCCAGAAACAUAGAAAUGCUGAGAACUCAAAAUCCCCCGAGAAAGAGGAUGUCCCUGUGGUAGAAAAGAAGAGCAAGAAACCUAAGAAGAAAGAAAAGAAGCACAAAGAGAGAGAGAGAGAGAAAGACAAGAAAAAAGAGAAAGAGAAGAAGGCUGAGGACUUGGAUUUCUGGCUGUCCACCACCCCACCACCAGCCACUACCCCCACCCCCAUCCCGUCCAUGGAGGAGCUUGGUGUGAAUGCAGUCACCACCCCUGCCAACACUUGUGAAGGACCCAAGAGAGAGGAGGCAGAGGAUGAGGAUGAUGAAGCAGAGCAGGAUCCUGAGAGGAAAUUCACCAGGCACAAGAAGAAGAAGCACAAGAAGGAGAAGGAGGAGAGGACCAAAGACAAGAAGAAGGUUAAAAAGAAGCAACCAGAGCCCGGGGAGGAGGCAGCAGGGCCAGUGGAGAACGGUGCGGCUGAGGAGGAGCCCAUCCCACCCAUGUCCAGCUACUGCCUCCUUGCUGAGAAUUCCUACAUCAAAAUGACAUACGACAUCCAGGCCAGCCUGCAGAAGGACAGCCAGGUCACUGUGUCCAUUAUCCUGGAAAACCAGAGCAGCAGCUUCCUCAAGAACAUGGAGCUCAAUGUGCUGGACUCACUCAACGCCAAGAUGGCCCGGCCAGAAGGCUCCUCCGUGCAUGACGGUGUCCCCGUGCCUUUCCAGCUGCCCCCAGGCGUCUCCAAUGAAGCUCAGUUCGUGUUCACUAUCCAGAGCAUCAUCAUGGCUCAGAAGCUCAAGGGCACCCUGUCCUUCAUCGCCAAGGACGCCAGUGGGGCCACACACGAGAAGCUGGACUUCCGGCUGCACUUCAGCUGCAGCUCCUACCUGGUCACUACUCCCUGCUACAGUGAUGCCUUUGCCAAGCUGCUGGAGUCGGGGGACCUGAGCAUGAGCUCAAUCAAAGUCGAUGGCAUCAGUAUGUCCUUCCAGAACCUUCUGGCAAAGAUCUGUUUUCACCACCAUUUUUCUGUGGUAGAGCGAGUGGACUCCUGUGCCUCCAUGUACAGCCGCUCCAUCCAGGGCCACCAUGUCUGCCUCCUGGUGAAGAAGGGAGAGCACAUGGUGUCAGUGGACGGGAAGUGCAGUGACUGCAUCCUGCUGAGCAACCUGCUGGAGGAGAUGAAGGCGACGCUUGCCCAGUGCUGAGACCACCGACCCCCACGGAGGACGCCCCAUGGACAGAUGCACAGACAUGCAGAUGGACACUCCAGGCCUCCCUUCUGUCACGUGUACUGUCCCAUGCCACAGCAUUCAUGUAAUCCACCGUCGUCCACUGUGCAGACACCAGAGGUCCGUGUUGCUUUGAUGUAUCUUUUUGAUUGUCCGCCGUCUUUCCGGAGGCCCUGGCCGGCCCCUCCUCAAUAGGGAUCCCCCAGCUCUGCCACGGGGGGGCCACCAGGUAGUAGGAGAACCCCCGGACCGGGACCUGGUGGGCACCAGGGUGCUUGGCAGACAGGGCAGGGCUCACGGAACCCCUGCUGGCUGCUUUUGCCCCAGCCGUCCUGACCGGUGGCAUCUGCAGGAAGGUGACAGGCAAUUGUCACCGAGCUGCUGUCCCCUGAGCCCGUGGCGGAAAAGGGUCCUGCGGGCACUAUAUGAUGUCUACAUGCUUGGGAGCUGCUGGCGGGGACCUGGACCUGGGUCCCAGCUACAGGCGCGGCCAGGCACAGAAUCGAUGACAGGGAGGGGACCUUGGAUCUUCCUCUCGUUCCACAGAAGUGGGUUUGUGUGGGCCACUGGGUGUGUGGUGGCAACACUGUACGGUUCCCUCCCCCAAGCAGAUGCACCACAAAUCUUGUCCCUUUGUGGCAUCCAGGUGGGGCUGGGAGGGUACAGCUGCCCGUGUCCUCUGGCCAGACCCUAAGACACCAUCUCCAGCACAGCAGCCGCUGGCAGGGUGAGGGCCCUCACUGGUCACUCCAGACUUUCCUCAGAGAUGACGCUGUCCAUGGCGUCCUACCUGUUCCUUUUGACGACAGUUGUCACUUUAGCAUGUAGAAUAAUCUAUUACAGAAUCCCGUGCCGUGAUUCUAGAACUCUGAAAUUGUAUGAUGUGUUACAUAACUAUUUGCUAUCGACAUUCCCGUAUAAAGAAGAGAGACAUAUCAUGCUGCUGUAAUGAUUUUUGUGUCAAGAUGAUCCAAUAAAGUUGCAAAACAGACAU